CACUUUUUUAUUCGCAUGAUUUUAUCGGGAUACUAUGGCGGUUAAAGGAUGGCGAAAUCUGUUAAUAAUACUUUCAAUUUAAUUCUUUUGGAUGAACUUCUUGGCAAUAGUGUUGUAUUGGCUAUUUCGAUGUACUAUGUCAUAACAAACUUGCAGGUUUCAGAACUGGCGACUUGUUGCACUUUUAUAUUUUUCGCCAUUAUUGCGCUUGUUAUGCUUUUUGGAUACUGUUUAAUUGGUGACCAACUGACUCAACAGUGUAUAAAUGUUCAAGAUGCGUAUUACGAGUGCGAUUGGUAUGAAAUGCCGCUUAGUUGCAAGAAGUGUUUACUCAUAUGUAUGAUUCAUGGCCAAGUUAUGCUAUAUUUAACAGCUGGCAAAUUUUAUAUAUUCUCCUUGAACAGUUUUACGGACGUUAUCAAAACUUCUUUGGCGUAUUUGUCGAUGCUGCGUACUCUGUUAUGAAGAAUUAUAAAAAAGUUUAUGUAUGCGUAAAAACAAAUAUGUGUACUGCAAAUAGAAAUACACUUAGAAAUUACCAAUACUUUGUGUGUUAUAACGU